UUUCAACUUCCUCCCUCAGUCCCUCUCUCUCUCUCUCUCUCUCUCUCUCUAGGCGGGACGCCAUUGUUCCGGUUCGACGAGCUCGUCCUCCAUUCUUUCCGCACCAGAUCGAUGAUGGCGCAUCGCUAGAGCUCCGCCGCCGGGCUCGAUCUCAGCUCGCCUCCUCACGAUCCACUCAUCUCCGCCGCUCGUUGCCGUCCGACGUUUCGACGCCCGUCUCGCUCGCGCCGUUCGAUUUUCCUCCUCCUCUCCGCUUCGUGAUCUCGCCCCCUUCACUUCCGCUUUUACUUCAGUAGACCGUACGUAUGGAUCUCGCUUCGCUUUGCCGCGCGGUUGUCUUUUAGCAAACUUCCGUUCCUUUCUGUACAAUGCGGUCUCCGUAGUGGUCGUGUUCUUUGUUCUCUCGGAGAAGGCUGAUUUGGGGACUUGAGUUGAGAUGGCUUUGGCUCGGUUCGUUCGCCAGGCGAAGAAGCCGCGGGGGCUAUGCGUGAAGAUGACGGCGGUGACCGUUCUAGGGCUGUGUUUCGUGUUCAUAUGGUCCAUGUUCUCGUCGUCUUCGUCUUCCCUGAAUUCGGAGGAGAGCUUCGACGACAUAAGCGGGCCGAUAUCGGCCGGUGCGGGGGCCGUUGGUAAGUCCCGGAAUCAGUCGCAGAAGGUGGAGUCGGCGAAAAGGGAGGGAAGUAAAGAGGAUGGUGAGGCGAAAUCUGAGUCGAAUUUGGAAAGUAAGGGCCAGGAGGUGGUGGACCGCGGAAAUUCUUUGUCUAAUGAUGUUCGUGGAUCGCGAGAGAGAAAUGAGAAGCAAGCGGUUGACAAGAGGAAGGAGAAGGCCGAUUCGAAGCCGCCCAAGGGAAAGAGGAAAGAGGAAAAGGCGGUUGAUGUAUCUGAGGGUGGAGAGGUACAGAAUGAGAAGGAUGAUGAGGAUGGAGAAGAAGAAGAAGGAGAAGAACUGGUGAUGGAUGGCAAGGAAGAUCAAGAAGGUGUGAAUCGAGAAGUUGAGUCCAAUGAAGAGACAGAAGCAGGUGCAGAUGUCGUUGAAUUAACGGAUGAAGAAGCUACAGAGAAAGAGGAAGAAGAUAAUGGUGGGUCAAACAGUAUGGGGCAGAAGAGGAAGAUUAAGGGUCCAGUAUUUGAUCCAAAAGCACGCUAUAGUUGGAAAUUAUGCAGCACGAGAAGCAAGCAUAAUUACCUUCCUUGUAUUGAUAAUGAGGGUGGUUUGGGAAGGCUCCGGAGUUAUCGGCAUACGGAGAGAAGUUGCCCAAGAGUGCCUCCAGUGUGUUUAGUUCCUCUUCCUCAUGGGGGUUAUGAGACUCCGGUCAGGUGGCCUGAGAGCAAAUUGAAGAUAUUCCACAAGAAUGUGGCACAUCCAAAACUUGCUGAAUUCAUAAAGAAACACAAUUGGGUGAAAGAAUCAGGAGAAUAUCUUAUCUUUCCUUCAAACCAGUCUGAAUAUAGAGCGGGCGUUCUUCACUACCUUGAAUUUAUUGAAGAGAUGGUACCGGAUAUUGAAUGGGGAAAGAACAUACGUGUUGUAUUGGACAUCGGGUGCGCCGAUUCAAGCUUUGUUGCUUCUCUACUUGACAAGGACGUGAUGGUUUUAUCCCUAGGCUUGAAAGAUGACCUUGUGGAUUUAGCUCAAGUUGCUCUGGAACGUGGUUUUCCUGCAGUAGUUAGCCCUUUUGGAACUAGAAGGCUUCCUUUUCCUAGUAUGAUUUUUGAUGCUAUACACUGUGGAAGCUGCAGUGUACCAUGGCAUCAUAAUGGGGGCAAGCUUCUACUGGAGAUGAAUAGGAUUUUGAGGCCCAGUGGGUACUUUAUUUUGUCGAGUCAGCAUGAGAGUGUUGAAGAAGCAGAAGCCAUGUCCACAUUAACUGCAUCUAUCUGUUGGAAUAUACUGGCCCAUAAAACUGAUGAAGACAGUGAAGUGGGUGUCAAGAUAUAUCAGAAGCCAGAGUCAAAUGAUAUAUAUGAUUUGAGAAGGAAGAAAAAUCCACCUCUGUGCAAAGAAAAUGAAAAUCCAGAUGCUGCCUGGUAUGUUCCUAUUAAAACUUGCUUGCACACCAUUCCAGCUUCAAUUGAACAGCACGGAACAGAAUGGCCUGAAGAGUGGCCCAAGAGGCUUGAAACUUUUCCUGACUGGAUGAAUAAUAAGGAUAAACUGGUUGCUGACACUAACCACUGGAAAGCUAUUAUUGAGAAGUCUUAUCUCACAGGGAUGGGUAUAGAAUGGUCCAAUGUCCGGAAUGUAAUGGACAUGAAAGCAAUUUAUGGAGGAUUUGCAGCAGCUCUCUCCCAGCAAAAGGUGUGGGUGAUGAAUGUGGUCCCCGUGCACGCUCCAAAUACACUGCCUUUCAUAUAUGAACGUGGUCUCAUUGGUGUUUAUCAUGAUUGGUGUGAGUCAUUCGGUACUUAUCCAAGAUCAUAUGAUCUUUUGCAUGCUGAUCAUCUCUUCUCAAGGCUCAAAAACAGGUGUAGGCAGCCGGUGGCUAUUGUUGUUGAGAUGGAUCGAGUCUUGAGGCCUGGAGGUUGGGCGAUUAUACGUGACAAGGUCGAGAUACUCGAUCCGCUGGAAGGUAUAUUGAAAAGCCUGCACUGGGAGAUUCGGAUGACUUUCGCUCAGGAUAAGGAGGGCAUCAUCUGCGCGCAAAAAACCACAUGGCGACCAUGAGGGCAACGAUCGAAUAAUCAACAUUCACUUUAGGACGGUAGAAACACAGAUUGCACCAUACCGUAAAUCCCUGACCAUACUUUUUCAUCAUAGAAAUCACCAUCGAAGGUGAAUUUUGCUCCCAUUGUAUAGAAAAGAGAGCGACGACGUUCCAGUGAUUUUUUUUUGCUUUGUUCUCAUUAACACGAGCUCAUGCAUAUGUUUCCAAUUUUGUUUUUGUUUUCCCUUCCGGAUCUCACAUCUUCUUCUGGGUUUUCAUGGCAGUGGCAAUUGACUUCACUGCCACUUAAUGUACAUUAGAAAGAACUUCAUGAGAUGAUCUUAUGUGGACACAUUUUGCUUCUCAA